UUUGACGGUGACUCCUUUAACACGUUAUUUUUUAAUUUUCAGUCUUCAUGUAAACCCACCGGUCUUGCCGCCAAACCCACCUCCGCCAGAAGAAUCGACCAAACCACCGGAUGAAACUUCUGCGCCACCUGACCCUCAAGGAAAUACGACUGCGCCUCAAGGAAAUACGACUCUACCGACUACAAACACAACAAAUCCGGAUAAUAAUGCCACAACCACCGGAAAAACCAGCAGCACUGAGACAAGUAGUGUUGAACCUGAAACGAGUGAAUCCACUGAGGAAUCUAUUUCUACGAGCGAUGAGGGAUCUGAUAAGACGGAUGAGUCGGGACCAUCGACGAUAUCAGUUAAACCUUCGCCAUCGGGAUCAGGUACAAAUCCUCCAACGACCGUGAAGCCAUCGACAACAACGACAGUCGCGCCUACGGAAAAGAAGGGUGGUAGCGGGUUGAUCAUCUUCAUCGUCAUUGUUGUUGUGGUCGGCAUUCUGAUAGGUGUGGCCUGCUGCGUGAUGAAGAAGAAAAAGGGAGCCGAAGAGGAAAAGGAUUUGGAGAAGCAAGAAGGAGCAGACGCCGGUUCAGUCAAGGAGGAAGGAGAAAAACCAGAAGGCGAGGAAGGAGAGGAAGGCGAAGAGAAGGAAGAAGGAGAAGAGGGCGAGGAAGGAAAAGAGACGCCCGAGACGAAGACCGCGUUGGCUCCUGGUGCUACACCCACUUCAACAAUGGUGAAAGAAGGCACCACCUCUGAAGGCACUGCAAUCGAGGCUACUGCAUCACAGGCUGGAGGAGAAGGCAAAACAUCUGCCGCUGCUGCAAGUAAAAAGUCGGGAGAAGGAUCUGCUGCUCCUGCUGCUGGUGGUCCGGAAGGAGUGAAAACGGCUUUGCCAGGAUCGGAAAGUGGAGCCGCUAAGACCGCUGCACCGCCAGAAUCCAAGGAAUCAUCUGAGGAAGAAGGCGAGCCCAAAGAGGGAGCAGCAAAGACAGCAGUUGGUGACGAGCCUGCAGGAGAGAAGGCCGAAGAAGGCGCCGAAGGCGAGAAGGAAGAGAAAAAGGAAGGUGCCGGUGAUGAAGAGAAGAAAGAAGGCGAUGAAGAGAAGAAGGAAGGAGGCGGCGAUGAGGAGAAGAAAGAAGAGGGAGCAGCAGCAGAAGGAGGAGAGGAAAAGGAGGAAGAAGGAGGAGGAGGAGAUGAAGGCGCUGAGGAAUGACCUAAAACAACACACACCGGAUGUUGAAGAGAGAAAAGGAAGAAAAGAAGAAAAUGGUCUCUUUUUGAAAAUCACAAAAUCUUGAUCACUAAAUAUAAAACCAUUUCUCUUCUUCCCUCUUUCUAUAUAUUUGUUGUAUCUCUCCCUGGAUUUUUUCCAUUCUUUGCGAUGU